AUGCUCUGUUUGGACAAAUCUUUAACUUACAAAUAUUCAGAGGAUACUGAUUUAGCCAUUUCAUGUGAAUAUGUCAUUAACAACCGUUAUAUAGCUUAAAGAUCUGGAGACAUUAAAUGCUAAUAUUGUAAAGGUAAUAAUUAAGGUGAAAAUUGUGAGCCACAAGGUGGUUACAUUUAUCUUUUGGAAGUAGAUGCACAAGUUGGGCUUCAAAUUAUUGUGGAACAUGUAAGGAAGGGUUCUCUCCCACUAGUAGUACAGAUUUAUUAUGUCAUUUAGGUAAUUAUAUAUUAGAUAUACAUGCCUGCUUACCAGGACAUGCGAGUUGUUCAUAAGUUAAUGGUAUAUACUCAUAUUAAGGGUGUACAAAAGGCUCGGAGCUGGUUGAUAAUAAAUGCGUUGGUAUAAAUUAUGUAAUGUGUUGAAGCAUGCCAAUUUAGAUGUUUCUUAGGAUGAAGAUGGUUGUAUCACUUGUUCUUCAGAAUAAAACAGAGUUAUGAAAGCAAACAAAUGUGUCUGCAUGAAUAAUACAAUGUAACCAUUCAUUAAUUAAUGAUUCAAGAUUUUAAAAUUAAUUUUCCAUCUUAAAUUAGAUGCUCAUAUCUAAAAAGCCUGAGAAUUGCACAACAUGUCCUGGGAAUUUGGACCGUGACUUAGGGACUGUUAAUUCUUUUUAAUGUCCAGCAAAUUUUUAUGAUUAACCUGGCAAUCCCAUUUGAAUAAGUAUAUUUUAAAUGUAAUUUUAGAGUGUCAUAGUAGAAUCACAAAACUAACAUCAAUCAUACUUCUUAAACGUGUGAAGGGUCAAAAAGUAAUUAAUGUACGUCUUGCGUUCCUUUAAGCAAAAGGAAAUUAACUCUAUCCAAUUGCCCAACUUCAUACUUUGAUAUAGGGAUACAAGAAUGCUAAAGAAUAUAUUAAUCAUUAUAUAAAUAGUUUGUAGCAGUGA